GACCUCCUAAUUCCUAUUCCUUCCACCCUGCUCUCCUCGUCCACUGUCUCCUCUGCUCGCCCACCAAAGCAAGAUUCACUCGCCCGGCCGGCCGCCAUGGCCAGAUCAGCGCCGGGGCUGCCGCCGCAGCACUAUGCCGCCGCGGGCGCCGGCCGCCGCUCCUCCUCCUCACCCGCGGCGUCUUGCAUCUUGGCGGUCCUCUUCCUCCUCCUAGCCGCCUGCGUCGCGGCGGUGCUGCUGUUCGUGUUCUUCCGCCCGCGCGCGCCGGCCAUCGCCGUGACGGCCGUGCAGCUCCCCGCUUUCGCCGUGGCCAACGGCACCGUCGCCUUCACCUUCCAGCAGCUGGCUUCCGUGCGCAACCCCAACCGGUCCCCGCUCACGCACUACGACAGCUCCCUCCACGUCGCCUACGCCGGCGGCGAGGUCGGCUCCAUGUACAUCCCGGCAGGCCAGAUCGACGGCGGCCGCACGCAGUACAUGGCCACCAGCUUCACCGUCCCCGCCUUCGCCGUCUCGGCCACGGGCGCCGCCGCGCAGCCGACCACCAUCUCCGUCCCGGCGUCCGGCCCGUCCCCGCACGUCACUGCGGCUCUAGUGCAGCCGCCGGUGAUGGAGGUGGACUCGCUGCUGCGGGUCAAGGGCAAGGUCACCGUUCUCAAGGUGUUAACCCACCACGUCGAGGCGGCCAAGGUGUGCCGCAUUGGCGUCUCGCCGGCCGACGGCCGCGUGCUCGGCUUCCGAUGCUGACCGUCGGCCGAGCUCACUAAUGCUGGCCCUGGCCUCCACCACCCAGCCAAGAUCUGACAAUCUCAUCGCUCUGUCAGCCUGGUCGGUAGGCCCUGCUCUCCACAUCAAAUUAAAACUCUUGAUGAAUUCGGUUCAGGCUUCAGUUCAGUCAUCCGUUAAAUUGUAAGAUAAGGCUGUUCUAUUUGUAAAUUAGAUUAGUCUCUACGGUUCUCAAGAUUUGUUGUACUUCUUUAUGCUUGUCUGAUUUACUAGAUUUUGCGGCUGGCGUGUUCUUGUUGUAGAUUAUCACUGGUAUAGAUUUCAUAGUCAGAGUCCGGACCAAACAAAGGUUUGGUUCUUGAGAUGGUGGUUCUUGUUCCAAUUUCAAUAUUGAUUGCUUAUGUCAACCAAACAUAGUGGAAAAUGCACUGCAUUCCGUUUUCAUGUCUUUUGCAAGUGGAAAA